AUGCCGCAGGAGGGCGUUGAGGGAGUAGCUUGGAGCGCAGCGAUGAGGAGUCAGCUGGAGCGCAUAGUCGCCGGGCUGGACGAGAAGCUCGCAGACUGUCUUCCUGCGUACAUGGUGCCGUCAGCAUACAUCCCAGUGAGGCAGAUGCCAAUGACGGUGUCCGCAAAGACAGACCGGAAGCGGCUGCGUGAGAUAGGAUCAUCGCUAUCAGUUGAGCAGCUGGCGGCGUUUGAGGCGACAGGCGAUGAGAAGCGAGCACCGUCGACAGAGAUGGAGCGGAGGCUGCAGACGCUGUGGGCAACAACGUUAAGCCUGGACACCGAGAAGAUAGGGGCAGGCGACAGCUUCUUCCGCAUGGGCGGCGACUCCGUCAGCGCGAUGAAGCUGGUUGGAGCGGCCCGGCUGGAAGGCGUGUCGUUGACAGUGACCGAUGUGUUCCGGAAGCCACGACUGUCGGAUAUGGCGGUGGAAGCAACAUCUAUGGCUGGUGGUGAGAGUGAGCUAGCUGAGCUUGCAUCCUUCUCGCUGUUGGAUGAUCGUCUCAGUGUUCUGCAUACGAGCAUUCGCUCUCGUAAAGAUCCUACUACAGCGCAGACACACUAA